AGGAAAAACAAAUGAGAACGUAGUAAAUAAACGUAGUGGCGCUGAAAAGUGUUGGUGUGUGAUAGUGGUGUAAAUAAGUUUCUUUCAAUAAAGUGAAUAUGUUUUCUGGAAAGCUCCGGUUUUUGUUAAUGAUAGCUUUCAUGUUGUUUGAACAGACAGGUGAUGAUGGAGUUCGAUACUCAUUCAUUGCAGAGUGGUUUGACAAUGAAUCGCAGACACUAAGAAAAUUUUAUUUAAUGUACUUCACAGCUGAUGAUACUGUGGAGCUGUUUGAUAUUAAAAAUAACAACACUUUCCUGAAAAGAACGAAAUGUGAAGGAAUUAGUGCAAAGGAUAUUUACAUUGGAGCCAUCAUAACGAUUUUUUCUCGGCAGAUGAACAUAGCAGACUUUGCUGAUAACUUCACAAGAGAGAAGUUUGGUAAAACAUUACAGAAGACUUUUGGAAUGCUGAAGCCUGAUGUGGCCGAUAAAUAUGGUGAAAUACUGAAAAUGAUUUAUGCAAAUGACUUUAAAAUAACAAAAUUGAAGAUGGCACGCCUUACAAAGGAACAAGCACAGGAGUUUUAUAAAGAACAUGAGGGAAAACCAUUUUUGCCAUUCUUAGUUGAGUUUAUGACAUCAGGACCUGUACUAGCAAUGGAACUAGUUGCGGAAAAUGGUAUAGCCAAAUGGCGCGAAACUAUUGGACCAACAGAUUCUGAGGUUGCCCGUACAAGUGCCCCAGAGAGUGUGAGAGCAAAGUACGGCAAAGACAAAUCAUACAAUGCUGUUCAUGGAUCUGAUUCAGUAGAAGCUGCUGAAAGGGAGCUUUCCAUCUUCUUCCCUGCAUCCAGUCGUGAUCUUGAUGGAAAGAUGACUCCAAAGACGACAGCAACAUUCAAGAAUUGCACAUGCUGCGUAAUAAAGCCUCAUGCAGUUCAGGAAGGUUUACUGGGUGAUAUCAUAUAUGAAAUUCAAAAAAGUGGUUUCAGAAUUACAGGAAUGCAAAUGUUUUAUAUGGACUAUCCAAAUGCUGAAGAAUUUUAUGAAGUAUACAAAGGAGUUGUCCCUGAAUGCACGGCAAUGGUUAGCCAACUUGUUAGUGGACCGUGUGUAGCUCUUGAAAUUGUUAGUGAUACUCCUGACACACCUAGCAAAUUUCGAGCUCUUGUUGGCCCACCUGAACCUGACAGGGCAAGAGAACUUCGUCCAAAUACUUUACGUGCAAAAUUUGGUAAAACGAAGGUGUUAAAUGCAAUCCACUGUUCUGAUUUACCAGAAGAUGGUUUGUUAGAGGUUGAAUAUUUCUUCAAGAUUCUGUCAUGAAUGUGUGCUAGUAAUCCAUUUUUCAAACUUCCUUAGAACAAUAAAUACAUGGACAAUAUUUUUAAAAAAAAUUCAUUGUGGAAUGUUCACUGUGUUGAAUUGUAAACAAUUUUGUGGAAGAACUAAUGAUUUAAAUCUGCUUGCCUGAAUGUAUAAAAAAUUCUGCUCUUGCAAGUGAGAGAGAAAUCUAUUUUGCAGUGCUUCCAAAACUUUCGAAAAUAAUUUUUUCAUAAAGUGAUGAUAAAUUAAUGAAUAUGACAUCUGUUAUUUUAGAUGGUUGAUGUGUGAAGUACAAAAAGUCUUCAACAUUGAAGUAUUUGUGAGACCAUUCCAGUUAUUUUAUAGUUAGGAUUAUUUUAUAGUGAAUCACAUUCUCUCAGGUAUUACCAUGUUUAUGUGGUUUAUGUGUAUAUGCCAUGCCAUAACAGAAUAUGCACAGCUUUAUUUUGGAUAUUUGCUUAAAAAAGUAAAGGAGAAGAUGAACAGGAAAGACAUAUUAAAUUUAAAACACACACUGUAUGGUACUAACAUGUCACUGUGCAUAAUUUUUGUAAGAGGUGUAGCAGAGUGGUAUUUGAAUAUUUCUUCAAGGUUCUGUCAUGAAUGUAUGCCAGUGACCCACCUUUCAAACUUCUUCAAAAAGUAAGGCCACUUGAUUAAUUUGGAGGUAAUUGAAAUCCACUGAUGUAGCACUCCAGCUCAAAAAUGUUUCACCCUUAGUCCUCAGCUUCCAAUGUGGAAUUAGGAGCUUACCCUAUUGUGACUAUGCAUGUCUCAUAACUUUUUGCUUAUCACCAUCUCAGUCAAGUACUUAUUAACUAUUUGUUGCUGUUUUGUACACAGAUAUUGUUACAAACACUUCUAUUUAAAUCAACUAAAUGAAUGAUUAAUGAAAUUUGUGCACAUUACACACACAUAAAUAUGAUUUGGAGUUUCUAGGUUUUAUAUUAAAAGUAUUUUAGAUUAAAUUUCUAGUCAGAUUUAGUUUUAUAUUAUUUUUAUUUUACUUAUUCAGCUGUGCUGUAAUCAAUCUGUGAUUGUAAUUUCAA